AAACCAUACAAACUACUACUCCCGGCAGGCCUUGCGGCGGCUCUGCAAUACCCCAAGCUCUGGAGGGCUGGGGGCCUACUAGGUCGGGUCGGCUGUAGGAUUCUGCUCCAGGGUCGGCGGCUGCUUCUUUCUGGCCUGGCUGCCACUGAGUAGCCGAGGGGCCGCCGUGACCCUCUGACUGAUUGACUGGCGGGCUGCCUACGUCGGCGCUCCUCAGGGCCCCAAGCUCCCGAGGCCGAACUUCGGGCAAGUGGCGGGUCGGCAGAGACAGAGCAGCCCCGGCAGGGUUUGACGGAGCAAGGGGGACGGAAUGAUAGAGGAGCAGGACAGGGGUGCAGGCUUUGGGGUGGGCGCGCCAGCCCGCGGCCAGUCUGGGCAGCGAGUAGGGGGAACCCUCUCGUUCCUUGCUCCCCCGCGGGCCGGCCACUUCCGCCCAGUUCGCGUCUUGGCGCCUCGACUGGGUGCGCAGCGCGGGGCUGCGACUUCAGGUAUAAGUAGUGGCGCUUGGCAGCUGGCCACACGGUGACUGCAGCAUGAGCCGCGGCCACCAGACUCCAGGGAGCCCAGGGCAGGAGGCAGCUCUGGGUGUCGUGGCCGUGGGCCUGGGAAUGGGCGUGUAGACGGCGGGCCCCGCCGAGCCGCGCUCCUGUCGGAGGUGCUAACUGUGCAUCUUGGCAUCUGCCCACGGCCACAGGGUUGGAUUGCUCAAGAGUUGUGCUGAGACCCAGCAAGGCUAGAGGCUAGUUUCGAAGCUGUAGCUCAGGCUGAGUCUCAAGGCGGGCGGCGACUGGACGGCCAGACCGGCGAGCUCUUGACGGGUUUGUGGCCUGAUUGUUUGGAUUUGGUGCUUUUCACCUGUGAAUGCAGUCUGAAGCCAUGUCAGAGGGGUUGUGUUUAAGCGUGCAUGCUAUAGGCUAUGGGACUGAUAAUCUUGCCUCUCCCCCUCUGAGUUGAGGAACAAUCGAAGAAAUAAGCAAAAGUGCCAAGCAGGCUCCUGAUGGGCACCAGCGAGCUUGGGGACAGAGCAGUCCAAGCAUAGAAGCCCUGGCAAGCCUGGCCCUUCCUGGAAAGUCCUUUCUCUCUCUUCCACCCUGGUCUGUUGCUCCAUAUGCAACAAAUAUUUGAAUGUCGCUCUUCCGCCCGAGGUCAGCCCUGGGCAGUGGGUGGUGGGGGUGACACCCCAGUCUGCUGGGUGCCUGAGGAUCUCCAUCAGUCAGAUGGCCAAGAUGAGAGGGGAUGACAACCCGUACCUCAUGUAGGCUUUCCCCCAGCAGGUGUUUUUAUGCUGCGCAAGUCGGGCUUCCAGCCUCUCGGUUUCAGGGUUUCCUUCACCCGACUCCCCAAUGCGCCCGACCUCCCUGGGCACCUAGGACGUCCACCUGCAUCUUAGCUAGAGCUGCCACGUCAGGAGCCCGUGAUUUACUAGUUUUUGCCAGUUGGUUGUGACACACAAUGUCAAAAGUGUCAUUAAGGCACAACCGGAGGCGCAAGAUAAAAGGAAAAGACUCCACAGCUAACAGGACGUGCCACCACCGCCACUCAAUUUAAACUGCCGCAGGCUGAUAAAUGAGAAGUCGCCGUGUUUGGACGGUCCCAACAUCCAAUCCCAAGGAAGCUUCAAGCCGAGUGGCCAAUCCACAUGUUGGACUACAGUACCCAGAAGUCAUUGCGGCACUACGAUAUAUUUUCGCGACUCAGUAGCCAGGCAGGCCUGCGGGGUAGCUUUGCGGGGCCGUCGCGUGUGACCAUGCGCAGAGAGACUGUGGGCGCGUGGUGCAGUCCCUGGAGGGUUCUCACGCUUUGGCUGUCCUGACUUAAAGUUUUUCCGCUGGUUUCAGGAACGCGACCGGUAGCCUCGGGCAGGGGAGACAGGACUGUAGGUCAGAGAAGAGACGGCGCUUGGACGCCAGGAAUCCUCUGAAGCAGGAGACUGCCCUAUCCAGGUUACCCUUCCCGAGGGGAAGCCAGGGUCUCCAGAAAGCUGAGGCAGGCCGGGCGCGGUUGCUCAUGCCUGUAAUCCCAGCACUUUGGGAAACCGAGGCGGGCGGAUCACCUGAGGUCAGGAGUUCAAGACCAGCCCGGCCAACAUGGCAAAACCCAGUCUACUAAAAAUACAAAAAUUAGCCGGGCGUGGUGACGGGCAUCUGUAUUCCCAGCUACUCGGGAGGCUGAGGCAGGAGAAUUGCUUGAACCCGGGAUGCGGAGGUUGCAGUGAGCUGAGGUAGCGCCACUGCACCCCAGUCUGGGCGACAGUGAGACUCCGUCUCGAAAAAACAAAAACAAAAAAACCCGCUUCUGGAGGUGAGACAACUCCUUUCUGGACACGAUGACGGAGAUGACGCCCACCCUCGACCCAGUGCCUCCCCGACUGACUUGGCACCCCGACGUGGUUAUUUUCUGUUUUUAUCUUUUUCAGCAGAAGAUGACUCAAGACCGGCCUCUGCUUGCCGUGCAGGAGGCCCUGAAGAAGUGCUUCCCCGUGGUGGAGGAGCAGCAGGGCCUGUGGCAGAGUGCCCUGCGGGACUGCCAGCCCCUCCUGUCCUCCCUCAGCAACCUGGCGGAGCAGCUGCAGGCCGCACAGAACCUGCGGUUUGAGGAUGUGCCGGCGCUUCGGGCCUUCCCAGACUUAAAAGAGCGGCUGAGGCGCAAGCAGCUGGCAGCUGGUGACAUCGUCCUGGACAAGCUAGGGGAAAGGCUAGCCGUCCUCCUCAAGGUGCGAGACGUGGUCAGCAGCCAUGUGGAGCGAGUGUUUCAGAUCUAUGAGCAACACGCAGACACAGUUGGCAUUGAUGCUGUCCUGCAGCCUUCAGCAGUGAGCCCCUCUGUGGCUGACAUGUUGGAAUGGUUGCAGGAUAUUGAGAGACAUUAUCGAAAGUCGUACCUGAAGAGAAAGUAUCUUCUUUCCUCUAUCCAGUGGGGAGACUUGGCAAACAUACAAGCUUUGCCCGAGGCCUGGGACCGAAUUUCAAAAGACGAACACCAAGAUCUCGUACAAGAUAUCCUAUUGAAUGUUUCCUUCUUCCUGGAAGAGUAAGGAAGCUGUGCGUAUCUGGAGACCACGGGCACCACAGUUGAAGACUGACAUUCUGAACCCUGAUGUUUCUAAAGAAACGUCAGUAUUUUCAGUCUGACAUAUUUGAAAUAUCAGUGCCUUGAACCUGAGGACUGGGUCUUGGGGAGGAUUAGCGCCUGGAUGUCUGAUGCUGGAGCUGCGGCAUGCCAGGCCAUGGCUGAGAGUAUGUGAGCCAUGCCUUGCCCUUUUCUGAGGCUCAGGGAAGUGGAUGGAGAUAGAGAGACAACAGGAAAGACGGUGCUGAAGAACAUAGUGUCUUUCCUCUAUUGUGGACUUGAAGAGGUGGGGAAGCAAGGACAAGAGGCAAAGAGCCACACUGCCCUUGGCAUCAUCCAAAGCAUUGUCUGGUUGACACCAGGUCCUGGUUUUGUGUCUUUUGUCAAUACCUGAAUCCUUGACAAAAGAAAAAGUGGUUUUGAUGAUUUAAAGAAAUAAGGGUGAUUUUGACAGAAAAUAUAUUUUAAAAAUUUUGACCAAUUGCAAUAGUUCUCCUCAAGCCAAUUUCCAGAACCUGCCACCAGGGGGAGGUGGUGCAGCAUGAAUCAUUCUGAAUGCUUUGUCUUUGAAGUGUUCCCCUAUUGUUACCAUCUCAGAGGAAGUAACUGGGCAUGGUGAGACUUCUAAAAUGACAGGAGUUUUUUUGGCCAAAGCUGGCAUCUGACUUGCCACAUUCCUCUGAGUCUGGAGUAGCUGCAGGGGUGGGAGAAUGCCAGCCCAGAGUCAGUCCAUCGGGGUUACAUUUCCAAGGCCUGCUGCCUUCAUCCAUGUAAUGGCCGUGUUACUUUCAGAUCUUUCAGCUUCCCAGGGUGUUGUGGGAAUCUUGGUCAUUGAAUGUAAAGGGACUUAGUAAAGGGUAUAGAUAUUUUUCAAAAAUGAAAAUAACUUUUUUUCUUAUAAGUGGUAAGCUUUUAUAAAGAUCAUAGGAAAACUAGAAAAAUGUAAAAUGUAGAAAAUUGUAAAACAAACUUCAUUAGAGAUAUUUUGAUAGGUACCUUUUCAGUGUCUAUUUACAAAUUUUUUCUUUUAAUAUAGAUAGGGUCUCACUGUAUUGCACAGCUCACUCCUGAGCUCAAGGGAUCCUCCCACCUCAGCCUCCCAAAAUAUUGGGAAUACAGGCAUGAGCCACUGCUCCUGACCAAUUCACAAAUUUUUUUAAAGAACAAACGUGGUAUCAUUGAUACAUACUGUUAGGUUGUCUUUUUUUUAAAAACCUAAUGUAAUUUGUUCAUCUUUUUAUAUCUGUAAAUAUAGCUCAACACAGUUAUAUUCCUUUUGUGAAUGUAUUAUAUCUACAAUUUACCUUUUUUCUUAGAUUUUACAUGCAUUUUCCCAAAUCUUUGUGUUUGCCUAUCUGUAAAGGUAAUACAUUCUGAUUACAAAAAAUGAAAAUGUUACAUAGAAAUGUACCAUUAUCCAUCUACCAGAUAACUAUUAUUAAUAAUGUGUAUUUAUUUUUCCAGGAAUUAAAAAAAUCUAUCAUAUAAGUAUUGCAAAUAAAACUUAAAAAGCA